AUGUCCUCACAUGGCCUAGAAUCACUGAGGGACAGUGCACACUCCACACUCAUGAGUUCCAUCUCACACAGUGAUUCAUUCACACCUCAUUCCCACAGCCAGGUGAAUGAGUGCAGCAACAGUGCAGAAGUAAUCACUAAGGACCUCUUCAGACCAUUGGACAGCGUUCUGCCUACACCAGUGACCGAGCUCAGUCUGGAGCCAGCUGCUCUCACCACAGGGCAUGCUAAUGGCACUCGCUUCAGUACUGAGGAGGAGAUGGAGGCUGAACAGAGCACAGUGGCGGUGAGAGAGCCAGGUGAACCAGGAACAACAACAAGAUCUGCUGUGAUGGUGCCUGUCAUUACAGAGGUCUAAGAAUUGAACAAGUUUGUCCUAAGUGUCCUCUGUUUGCUCCACGUAACCAUCAGAGUCCUUUUUGUUUUGCUUCUCCUCUUCAUCAUUUUCAUAGAGUCUGAUUUGGAUGUGGCCUUUUUGCAUGACAUCCGUCAAACACCUAAGUUUGAGAAGUUUCAUUACGAAUAUUUUUGUCCCCUCUGACGAUGAUUUGCCUGUAAGCUGCACUGGGUGGGGGGCCUGCUCAUUAGAAACUAAGAAUAAAGUGCAGAAAA